AUGGGGACACUGGGCGUCUGGCUGUCCCUGGGGCCCUGGCACAUGACUGCUCCCCAGAACCUUCUGGACCACCUCCAGAAGAUGGUCAAGCCUUUCCGCGUUCCUCCUGGCUGGGCCCAUGCUGGCCGUGUGGAUCCUGGACACCCGCUGCAGCUGACCUUCGCCCUGCGGCAGCGCGGCACUGCCCACCUUGCCCGCCUCGUGGAGGCUGUCUCAGACCCUCAGUCCCCGCGAUACGGGCAGUACCUGUCCCUGGAGCAGGUGAGGGACUUGGUCCAGCCUUCCCCAUCCACACUGAUGACGGUUCUGAAAUGGCUGCAAGGCCAUGGUGUAGAGGACUGCCAGAGUGUCAUCACCCUUGACUUUCUGGAGUGUUACCUGCCUGUAAGUAUGGCCGAGCGCCUGCUCCCCGGGGCUGAGUUUCACCGGUACGUGCAGGGCCAGCGCAGCCUGGUGCGGUCCCCACUGCCCUACACUGUCCCUGCAGAGCUCGCAGAGCACCUGGACUUCGUGGGUGGGAUGCACCGGUUCCCCAAGGAGCACAAGACAGUCAGCGGAGCCAGGGCCAGGAAGGACCCACCGUUGGCAAGAGCAUCGUUCCACCUGGGUGUGACACCGGCCAUCUUGCGCCAGAGAUACAACAUGACAGGGGGGGACGUGGGACUCCUGCCCAACAACAGCCAGGCCUGUGCACAGUUUCUUGAGCAGUACUUCCACCAAGCUGACCUGGCAGAGUUCAUGCAGCUCUUUGGCAGUGGCUUUGCCCACCGCACGCAGGUGGACCGGGUGGUGGGGCACCAGGGCCAUGGCAAAGCCGGGCUGGAGGCCAGCCUGGACGUGGAGUACAUCAUGAGCACAGGUGCCAACAUCUCCACCUGGGUCUUCAGCAAUGCAGGGCGCCACGAGAGCCAGGAGCCCUUUCUGGCCUGGCUGCUGCUGCUCAGCAACAUGUCAGCACUGCCCUGGGUGCACUCAGUGAGCUAUGGGGACGACGAGGACAGCCUGUCCCUUGCCUACAUGGAGCGCGUCAACACCGAGUUCAUGAAGGCGGCGGCCCGCGGCCUCACCAUCCUGUUUGCCUCAGGUGAUGACGGUGCUGGGUGUCGGCGGGUGCACAGUGGGAACCACACGUUCCGGCCCAGCUUCCCGGCCUCCAGCCCCUAUGUCACUACUGUGGGUGGCACGUCCUUCAAGAACCCCUUCCUGGUGACAGAGGAGGUGACGGAUUACAUCAGUGGGGGUGGCUUCAGCAACAUCUUCCCCAUGCCCGAGUACCAGGCUGCUGCUGUCAGGCAAUUCCUGCGCUCAGCCUCAAAGCUGCCACCCAGCUCCUACUACAACAGCAGCGGCCGUGCGUACCCUGACCUGGCUGCGCUCUCUGACAACUACUGGGUGGUGACAAACCGCAUCCCACUGCCCUGGGUGUCGGGGACCUCGGCAUCCACACCGGUGGUGGCAGGCAUGGUGGCACUGAUCAAUGACCGGCGCCUGCAACGGGGGCUGGCACCUCUGGGCUUUCUCAACCCUGCUCUCUACCAGCUGCAGAAGCAAGGGCUUGGUGAUGCGUUCUAUGAUGUGAGUGGGGUAGGGGAUGGAGGCUGGAUGGGGCUGUACUGGGGGCUGAGGGGAUUUGGGGUGUUCUGAAGUGUUGGUCUGAGG